CAGUUGGUACAUGCAAUUCAUCGUUCAUGCGAUUUUUCGUGCAAAGAAAAAGAAAAACUACACGUGCAGCUGCAGCAACAUCCUCGCUGUGCUUUGUGCCUUUCAAUUCUACUUCGGUAAAUGUGAUGUUGCACUAUCGCGCAACUAUUCUCGGUCUUCGCAUUGACGCGUCGUGUCCUCGUCCACCCUGCUUUUUAAUAUUUAAGCUUUCGAGUAUUUCCUUUGUUUUACGCACAACAAAAACUUCAGGGACCAUCUAUUGUUGCCUCUUCCCAUACUGCUCCAAGAAGCAGAGCUGCAGGUGGACUAUUACAGCCCUUCUAGGGCGUUCUAGUUCCCAUUUAAUAUAUCUUGCCAUUGUAUCUAUUCCUUUUCCUCUCAAAUAGAGAACAGUAUCGGCAUUGCACAUUUGAAUAAAGCAACACGCGAUCAUCAUUUGUCGAACGAAGUCGAAAAAAUUGUAAUUUUCCACCGAGAGCAACCACUCUCUCACCCGCUAACCUCGUCGAGGAUGCCGCGCGGCAACGACAUGAACGUGGCCAACUUCGCGCAGGGCCAGGGCAAAAUUCACGACCCGUACGCCAAUAUGACAAACGCCCAGAAACAGCAGGAGAUGGCCCGGCUCAAGAAGGACCAGCACGACACGCUGGGGCGCGUGGUGAACAAACUGCAGGAGACGGACCGGACAGCGGACAAAAUUCUCACCGGACUGGACGACAACACGGCGGCCAUGAAGAGAAUUUUGGAAAAACAGGACCACAUCAACGAAAACCUCAUGAAGGGCGACAAGAUUCUCGGAAACAUGGAAGGUAUACUUAUUUUUGUGACUGCUAGCGCUACUUCUCUAAUGCAUCGAUCCAUGCGCGUGGCCAGGCAGGCGCAAGUGCAACUACCAAGUACACAGAAGAGAUGAGUGAGAAAUGGAGAUUUUGAGGCACUCCAAAAGUAUUUCUUUCUUUAUCCUGAGGUCGCUCUUAUUAAUCCUGAGCAGGCCCGUGCCUGCCAUGCAUAAAAAGAAAAUUCAUUCUCAAACAGGUAUUACUGGUGGCGGUGCGCGCGUGGACACGAAAUUUCAGGAGAUGAAAAUGAAGCCCACUUCGCCCGACGGUUUCCCCGUCUUCAAGGAGGGCAAAGUGAAAAAAGCCGGACAACACUUCAAGGACAAGUGGAAAACGUGCUACCUUAUGUCGCACGGGAAUAAGCUCUCGGUUGCAGACGAUGAGGGUUGCAACUUCCACCAGCAUAUCACCGUCACAAAGGAAACCAGAAUCAUGCUCCUAUCCGACCCACAGGUAAUUCUGGUGAAUUGUGUUGAAAUGAAGUUUUAUGAGAGGAUAUCAAGCGGCUCCUCUUCUCAUCAAUUUUUCUGACUGAAGUGCUUCUUUGACUUUGGUUGAGUUUGUGAUGUAAGUCUGAUUCGAAUCUUGUGAAGCGGGUACUUACCCGGGCAUCAAUCUAGUUUUGUAGAAGCAAAGUACAAGUAAGUAGAAGGUCUGCGUCAUUCAUCCUCGACCUGCAUGAAGAUGAACCAUUUCUAUCUUCAACGAAAAUGAGAGCUGCAAAACGAACAUACUGCUCUUCUAACUUGUUUCCAGGCUACCAGCGACAUGAAGUCCAUGAUUAAGGAGCACCCGGGUGGGUUUGCCGUGUUCGAGAACAAGCAGCAGUCCAUCCCGUGGAUGUUUGACACGCCCACGCCGGAAGCCCAGGCCCAGUUCGUGAAGGGCAUUCAGUCGCAGCUGGAGUACAUCAAGCUCGGCGUGCACCAGGUCUGGUCGGACCCACGGGUGCAGGCCGGCUCCAAGAAGAACCAAAGGGACGCGGAGAAGCUCCUGAAAAACGGCGGGCACAAGAAGGACGGCAAGUUUGACGACGAAACCAACGACCAACUCGACGCUGUCGACGACUUGCUAGACGUGCUCCACGGCAAAGCCCUCGACAUUGGCGGAAAGAUUCAGGAGCAAGACAAGUACAUACACGACAUGCAGGAAAAGGCCACCACGGCACGGGGAAACAUGGCCCAGCAAAAGGACCGCAUGCACAACGUCAUGAAAGAGACCGACAAAAAUUGGAUCUAGCGAAAACUCGCUGUGGUUUGUUUGUUUUCACCCAUGCAGUUGUGGAGGGGCUAGGCAUCGCUAUGAGUGCGGAUCCGGUCGUGAGGAAGAAGUAGAGACGCUCGGUCUUUAUUCACCUCGACGGAGCAGCUCUUGGACAGCGACAGACAGAAGCAGAACGCAUUCAUCCUUACCUCAUGUGGUUCCUUGCUCCUACCGGAUUAUGUAUUUCGAGUUUCGGCUCUUGUAUCUAUAUGACCUUCAUCGGUCCUUUGAUCAUAUCCUCCACUUCCCGACGAGGCC